AUGCAUGUCUUCCUCCUCUGUUAUCAAAGAGAUGUAUGCAUUACUCUGUCUGUAUUCUUCAUUUAUGCUCCACCGUCUGCACUUCAAAGUUCAAUUCUUCUCUUCAGCAUUCUCCAGGGUGAAGUUAAGGAUUUGGGAAUUUGCAAAUACAACUCGCAUAUUCUCUCUCCCUCGCUCUCUUUUAAAGCUUCAUCGCCGCCGUCGUGUCUGGUUGCUUCGAUUCGCCGACGUUUACAUGGCUGCUGGAAGACAUGGUGGUUACAGGGAUAAUGAAUUUAGGGGGCGUGAAGCUGAGUUUGAGGUUUCACGGAGGGAGCUUGGUUACUCCAAGGGGGAUUACGAAAGAAUUAGGUCUGAGGAUCGGGAUUUUGAUAGGGAUCGAGUUCAUGACAGGAGUGGUCAAGAUAGGGGUAGGUUGAGACAGAAGGAUGUAAAGGAAAGGGAUUUGACAAAUGGGAGUUUUAGGUCCAUGUCAAGCAGGAGUGAUUCUGGUAGUAGUGAUGGUGAUGGUGGUGGAGCGAGGAGAAGUGGUGGGCUUGGUGUCAGAGCUGUUGACCGAGAGCCUAUAAAAGAAAGGGAUAUGAUAAAUGGCAGUUAUAGGUCCCAGUCAAGCAGGAGUGAUUCUGGUAGUAGUGAUGGUGAUGGUGGUGGAAUGAGGAAAAGUGGGCUUAGUGUCAGGGCUGUUGACCGAGAGCCUGGGGAAUUGUCUAGCGAGAGUGGGUCUGAUGGGGCUAUUGAGUCAGACCAGAGGACCAAGAAUGCCGGCAAUGGGAAUCAGUCUUCUGUACAGAAUACAUGA